AAACUGCUGAGAGGGAGGGGAGGAGAGUGGACUCCCCCCGCCCCCACGGGGCUCACGGCCGCCUUUCCAGAACUGUCUGAGGGGUGGGCUGGCCUGGCCUCUGGGCGAGGGUUUUCCUGCGGUUGCCUCGGAGGAGCCUCUUCCGAGCCCCGCGUCCUGGGCGGUGGCGCUGCCUUUAAUGAAGGGCCUCCCAGCACGGCCCUCAGGGCCGGUCCGGGCUGCCGGUGCCGCUGGAAGAUGAGCUGAUGCCCCGACGUUCCGGGUUCGGGCCCAGAGAGGCCCCCGACCGCCAUGUCCAGGUAAAGCAGAGGGGCUCAGUGCUGAACAUGCUAAGGAGGCUGGACAGGAUCAGGUUCAGAGGCCACAAGAGAGACGACUUCCUCGACCUAGCGGAGUCUCCAAAUGCCUCGGACACCGAAUGCGGGGACGAAAUACCCCUGAAGAUACCUCGGACCUCGCCCCGGGACAGCGAGGAGCUGAGGGACCCUGCUGGUCCAGGCACCCUCGUCAUGGCCUCAGGAGUCCAGGACUUUAACAGGACAGAGUUUGAUCGGUUGAAUGAGAUCAAAGGCCACCUGGAAAUCGCUUUGCUGGAAAAGCACUUCUUACCCUCGGGGACGGUGCAGCCUGGACCAAGUGGGUGGCCGGCCAGCUCGUCGUGGGUGACUGCCACAGGAAAUGCCAUAUGUGGCUCUUGCCCCCAGGAGGAGCUCCGGAAGCUGCGAGAAGAAACCAACGCCGAGAUGCUGCGGCAGGAGCUGGACCGGGAGCGGCAGCGGCGGAUGGAGCUGGAGCAGAAGGUCCAGGAAGUGCUGAAGGCCAGAACCGAGGAGCCGCCGGCGCAGCCUCCGAGAGGGCAGGCCCAGGUCAAUAACGGAGCAGACCGAUGGAGCCAGGGGCUGUGCCCCCGUGUCCAGAAGUGGUUCUACGAGAAAUUCGGGGAGUACGUGGAAGACUUCCGGUUUCAGCCCGAGGAGAGCACGGUGGAGACAGAGGAGCCCCUGAGCGCCCGGAGGUUGACCGAGAACAUGAGGAGACUCAAGCGCGGCGCCAAGCCCGUCACCAGCUUUGUGAAGAACCUCUCUGCCUUAUCCGACUGGUACUCCGUCUACACGUCCGCCAUCGCCUUCACUGUGUACAUGAACGCCGUGUGGCACGGCUGGGCCGUCCCUAUGUUCUUGUUCCUGGCCAUUCUGAGGUUAUCCCUCAAUUACCUCAUAGCCAGGGGCUGGAGGAUACAGUGGAGCAUCGUGCCCGAGGUGUCUGAAGUGGUGGAGCCUCCAAAGGAAGACCUGACUGUGUCUGAGAAGUUCCAGCUCGUGCUGGACGUCGCCCAGAAAGCCCAGAACCUCUUUGGGAAGAUGGCUGACAUCCUGGAGAAGAUCAAGAACCUGUUCACGUGGGUCCAGCCUGAGGUCACGCGGAAGCUGUACAUCGCGCUGUGGGCCGCCUUCCUGGCCUCCUGCUUCUUCCCCUACCGCCUGGUGGGGCUGGCCGUGGGGCUCUACGCCGGAAUCAAGUUCUUCCUCAUCGACUUCAUCUUCAAACGCUGCCCGCGGCUGCGAGCCAAGUACGACACCCCCUACAUCAUCUGGAAGAGCCUCCCCACGGACCCCCAGCUCAAGGAGCGCUCCAGCGCCCCCGCCUCGCGCAGGCUGCAGACGGCGGCCUCGCGGAGCUACGUGUCCAGCGCGCCCGCCGGCCUGAGCAAGGACGAGGACGCCGGCCGCGUCCAUGGCGCCAAGAAGGGCAAUUUCCACGAAAUCUUUAACCUGACAGAAAACGAGCGUCCGCUGGCAGUGUGUGAGAACGGCUGGCGCUGCUGCCUGAUAAACAGAGACCGGAAGAUGCCGACCGACUACAUCCGGAACGGGGUUCUGUACGUGACGGAGAACUACCUGUGCUUCGAGAGCUCCAAGUCCGGCUCCUCCAAGCGGAACAAGGUCAUCAGGCUGCUGGACAUCACCGACAUCCAGAAGUACAAGGUCCUCUCGGUCCUCCCGGGGUCCGGCAUGGGGAUCGCCGUGUCCACACCAUCGACCCAGAAACCGCUGGUGUUCGGUGCCAUGGUGCACAGGGACGAGGCCUUCGAGACCAUCUUCAGCCAGUACCUGAAGAUCACGGCGGCCGCGGCAUCUGGCAGCGACAGCUAGUGUUGACUCGCCGGCUCGUCGCUGCAAGCGUUUCCUUUUCUUUUAACGAUUUGGUAGCGGGAAAAACGGGACCUUCUCUUGAUCUUUUGCAAUAAUCCCCUGAUCUGUGGUUCCUGUCGUGUUGACCCCAGCGCAGGGCUCGGGGCUCUCGCGGGCACGUCUCGUGGACACGGAGAGCAGAGGCUGCUCGGAGGCUCCCGGGAGGGACGGCCCGCAGGACAGACGCCGCUCAGCACGGCUGCCCCCUCGGUCCCCCCUGGGCGGAGACCGGCCGGCCGGCUUCCCACCAAAGCCAUACCGAGGAGCACACACGGUCCCCCCGCUCCGAGGGGCGGGAUGGACGAGGGCCGCGGAGGCCCGACCCCUCCGGCCACACAGAUGGGCCGGCCCUUCAGGGAGACCCGCGAGCAUGUCCCAGGAGCGUGACAUGGACCAGCCGGCAGGCGGCCUGUGGUGGGCAUUUACGUUAGGAGGAUGCAGAGUGCCCGGGGAUGGGGCGGGGGAUGUGCCCCUUUCAAACCCAUCGCUCCGUGGAAGGGCCCAGAACCUCUGCCCCGGGGCACUCCAGGCUGAGUGCUGGGCUUGGUGAAGGGGUCUCUUGGGCUGGGAGUGGGAACAGACAAGAGUGCCCGGCCCACGGGGGCCCAGGCUGGCGGAUGGCCUGCCUGUGUGGGCCAGGCUGGGACGCUUGGGUCACCAGGCUCUGGGUGGGGGGGUGACCACCCCUGGCACCUGCACACGCACGGGGGAGCAGGCUUACGCCCUCGCCGCCCAGGAAGCGAAGCCCUAGCCCUCGAGGAGGCCAGAGCGGGUGUCUGGCCGGCCGUUCCUCCUAGGAUGGCCCUGAAAAGUGUGGCGUGGGGACAGGCCGGGGCCCCGGGAAGGAUGCACGGGGGAGCCCCCCCCGCUCCGCACUCCCUGGGGCACCUCUGGUUCCUCAGCUUGUCCUUUGGGGUCACCGAGAUUGUUUUUUGAAGAAAAAGAAGAUUCUAUUUUUUACAGAGAGCAAGCUGUUUUUCUUAUUUUUGUAUCAUUUUUCAGAUGUAAUUUUUACCUUUGCUCUGAUCCUAAUUUGCUGGUCAGGGGAGAGGUUCGGGGGCCUUGCUCUCGUCACCCCUUCGUAGAGGGGCAUGGGGCAGGGAGCCAUGCCCACAGCUGGUUGAAGCACAGGCCGCCCGGUCGGUGGGGCCCCAGGGCCCCGAGGUGCCUGCCUGGCUCCAGCCACACUGGCACUGAUGUUCGUGUGCCCGUGAAGGUGGACCUUUCCUGGCGGGGCCCACGGUCAGCAGGUGGGACGUGCGGGGGGGGGCGGCUUCAUACCCAGCAGGGCCUCGUCGGUGCCCGAGGCCCCUGCUGACCGCAGGGCGAUCCCUGGGGGUGCUGCUCAGACCCCGUUCCCCAGGGCUGCUGAGGGGUCAACGCGAGUCUCCGUUAGCACGAUGGGACUGUCCCCAAGCACAGGGGUGGGACUGCAGGGGACGGGCCUGCCUCUCGGAGCAGCGUGGUUGAGUUUGAGUCCCUGCUGAGGAGAAAGGGAAUGAAAACUGACCACGUGCUGGGGGUGCCGGGGGCGCGGCGCGGCCACCGUCCCCAGCUGCUCAGGGACCGGUGGCGGGUCCUUGGCGAGGACGAGCAGACCUGAGCAGCACUGGGCUUCCGUCGGAGAGAACCUGUAGUUUUUAUUGAACUGUGUCAAUCUGGGCAGAUGUUUAAUUUCUGCUACUAAUCACUGAACUAGAAUGAAUGUUAAAUUUUUUAUGUCUGAAGCUUGAGUCUAUUUUGAAUCUGUAAAUAAUCGUUACUGGUGUAACUUUUGUUCCACGAAAGGAUUGUACUGUAUGAAGAACUGAUGAAAAAAAUCCCCCUGUAACAUUUUUUUAAGAAAACCUUGUUUAAAGAAAAAGUCUUGUAUAAA